CUAAAACAUCAGUGUCAUCAUGAUUCUGCAACAGAUUCUGCGACUUUCUUCCAUUUUUCGCUCUGCUGUUUCCAUUCACUUGCGCAGAAACAUAGGGCUUUCUGCUGUUGUCUUUAACAAGACAAAAGAGCUCGAUCCAGUUCAGAAGCUCUUCUUGGACAAGAUCAGAGAGUACAACACAAAGAGCAAGCAAGCUGGAGGGCCUGUUGAUGCAGGCCCCGAGUUUCAGAAAGACAUGAAUGAAUCCCUGGCUAGACUUCAACGGGCGUAUGGUGAGGGAGAUCUAACCAAGUUUCCAGAAUUUAAAUUUGAGGAGCCCAACUUUGAGGAGUCUCCAAAGUGAUCUCUGCAGGUUGUACCCCAAACAGCAGUGUACAUCAAUGGAGUUGCUGAACGUGGCACCAGUUGUAACUUAAUAAAUGCAGUGUUCCAGUUUG